GUCGUGAAGGCGCUCCAACAAUAGAAAGCAGACAGAGGUGGAUUCACAUGGAUUAUAAGAGCGUUGCAACCUCGUAAAGCUUUCGUUUUACAUGCAGAAGGACGUUUGUGUCGAUUAGCGUGAUUCCUGAUACGGUUGAGAUCUUGUCCUGUAGGUGAAUGUGUGGGAUCUGUUUCAGAUGAAUGCUGGGAUUCAUCUCUGACAUCCACGAGCUGCGUUUCAGCAGUGAGCAGAAGUCCUUAGAGUGGAAUAGGAACUGCAGGAAAAGUGACCAGGAAUACAGGGAUACAGGGAUACCCACACAGCCCAGAGGAGGAUGGAAAAAUAAACAGAAGUGUUUAUAGGUACAUCUGCCACAGGUGAUCGUGGAGUGAGCGAAGAUGCCGCUGGUGAAGAGGAGCAUCGAGCCGAGGCACUUAUGCCACACGGUGUUGCCCUGUGGUAUUAAAAACGAGCUGGAAUGUGUCACCAAUAUUUCACUCGCCAACGUUAUACGCCAGCUCAGCAGUCUCAGUAAAUAUGCAGAGGAUUUGUUUGGGGAGCUCUUUAAUGAAGCACAUGCCUUCUCCUUUCGCGUCAACUCCUUGCAGGAGAGAGUGGAUCGUCUGUCUAUCAGUGUGACACAGCUUGACCCUAAAGAGGAGGAGUUAUCUCUGCAGGACAUCACCAUGAGGAAAGCGUUCCGCAGCUCCACCAUUCAGGAUCAGCAGCUAUUUGAUCGUGAGUCGUUACCCAUCCCGAUGCAGGAGACGUUCAACCUCUGUGAACAGCCUCCACCACUCAACAUUCUUUCACCCUAUAGGGAUGACGGGAAGCAGGCUCUGAAGUUCUACACUAACCCGUCCUACUUCUUUGACCUGUGGAGGGAGAAGAUGCUGCAGGAUACGGAGGACAAGAGGAAGGAAAAACGGAAGCAAAAGUUACAGGAUCCUCGCUUGUAUGAUCAGGUCUAUAAGUAUUUAGACCUCCCAGGGCAGCUAAAGAACAUCGAUCGUCCUGCAGAACCAGAGAAAGUACCACGAGCUCCUCAUGACCGCAAAAAGGAGUGGCAGAAGCUGGCUUUAGGGGCAGAGCUGGCAGAAGAUGACAAUGAAGAUAAACACAAAGAUGCUAGCAAUGGCUUGGCAUCCUACCAUGACCAGAGGCAAAUGUACAUGGAUCAUUUGGAUGGUUCGUUCUCUCUGGCUGCUUUGCCGUACUCUCAGAUGAGCGAACUGCUCAACCGCACAGGAGAGCGCAUGUACGGACGACCUCACGAGCCUCCACCACCUCCACCGUCACACCCUGCAGACAUCAAGCCUGCCUCCGCCAUCAGCUCCAGUUCGGGUUUCUCCGACAGUCGUCCUCAAUCUCCGGCCCGCACUCCUGUGUUCUUGAACCCCAAUGCUCCACCCCCUCCUCCUCCACCACUUCCCCCACCCCCUCCUCCUCUCCCAUCCACCGUGUCAGGCUCAAGCAUGCGCAGUACACAGCCUCCCCCAAUCCCGCCAUUACCUUCCCAGCAACCCCUUGCUAUCCCCCCUGCUCCUGCACCCCUUCAGAUUGCCCCUGGUGUAUUACACCCUGCCCCUCCUCCUGUGGCUCCACCUCUUCAUUCUUCCCCAGCCCGACUACAGCAGGACAAAGUCUUGCUCCCUGGCUUGGGAGAUGGCACCGUCUUACCUCCUCCUCCCCCACCUCCUCCUCUGCCCCACCCAGGGGCCAGAAGCUCCCCUCCUUGUCAGCCUCCAGGUCCACCCCCUGUGCCUUCAUUCCCAGUUUCAACUCCACCCACUCACUCGGGUCACGAAGUCAAAAGACAUCCAUCAAACCUGCCGCCAAUCAGCGACGCACGCAGUGUCCUAUUAGAAGCCAUUCGUAAAGGUAUCCAGCUGAGGAAGGUCGAGGAGCAAAGGGAACAGGAGGCUAAGCACGAGCGUGUGGGCAAUGACGUAGCCACUAUCUUGUCCCGACGCAUCGCCGUAGAGUACAGCGACUCUGAAGACGACUCCGAGUUCGAUGAGGUCGACUGGAUGGAGUGAGAGCAAAGAAGAAGGGAACGAGAAGAUGAAUAUCUAGGAGGGGAUAAUUAGAAAGAAAUUACCAUGUUAAAAAAAAAAUUGUGUCUCUUUUUUUUCUCUGUCCUGCUUCCACGGUUCACAGUGUGGUAUGUUGCAGGAAAUUUUGUGUCUCCACAAAACAUUCUACAUUCACAUUUCCAGCAUUUGGCAGACACCCUUGUCCAGAGCGACUUACAUUAUCUGAUGUUUAUACAACUGAGCAAUUGAGGGUUAAGGGCCUUGCUCAGGAGCCCAACAGUGGCAACUUGGUGGACCAAAGUGGUAGUCCGACACCUUAACCGCUAGGGCCCCACAUCGCCAGUUGUCUUUUUUUCUGGAUGUUUGUUCUCAUGUUUUUUAUACAACAUAAUUUAACUUAUGUUGAUAUUCUCAAGGUUUUUUAACGAUCCUCUUUUACAAUUAAUGGAAAUAGCUCCCGAUGUUGUAGCUCAUUUCGAGGAGGGACCACAGAGAUCCACUGUUUAGUGUUAUGUAAAGGGUCAGUGCGCCUUUAGCAUCAAUUCUGAGGCAAUGCUGCCACCAUCUGGUUUAUUAUUAUUUUUUAAUUUACGUGUAUAAUGAAGACAUGUUUAAAUAGGCUGGUCUACAUGAAAUUAUGGCAUGGUCCUUAAAAAAAAAAAAAAAAAAAGAAAAAAAAAAAGAUUGUUUUCAUUAUGAUAAAUUUACAUAUCUCUGAGCAAUAUGUACUGUCACUGUCUGUCUGAGUUAGUAAGAAAGAAUAAAUGUGGUUGAGAUGCUCGUUUUCUGUUAAGAUGAAAAAAUGAAGUGAAAUUCAGAAAAGAAAAAAAAAAUGUAAGGAGUUUAAAUGGUGCAGGGAGAUUAGGGCAAGAUGUUAUGUUAUGAUAUGUUACAGCAAGGUUCUAGCAUUCAGAGGGUUCUACAUGGUGUGUUUUAAUCAAUAAGGAAUCAGACCACUGCAGUAUCAACUAAAAAAAAAAAAACACAUGGCCAUACGUUUCUCCUUCUCCUGCCUUAUGGUUUGUAUAGACGUGUUGUUAAGUUGAUGAAUGUACUGUGCUGUUACUACUUUUUGCCUGCAUUUCUAAACAUUAGCUGUUUCUAUGUUCCAGACAGGAAACUAAAAGAAGAAACAAAACAAAACAGAAAAAAAAAACCCUAUAAAUUUUAAGGUGUACACCUUGUAACUUAUGUAACUGUUUAAUGUAACAGUUCGCUUGAAUUAAUAAAAGCCAAUGUUAUGUUAAAAGCUUUCAUGA